UCCUUCACCUUCGCCUUCUCCCGCCGUCCCACAGAUCUCUUCUGACUCCAAAAACAGAAAUCGCUGACGAUGAAGAAAUCGCCGUUGCCGCUGCAGAGCGCCGGCGGCUCCGAUAAGAAGAGGAGGCAGCAGCCGCACGGGAAGGAAGCGCUGGUGAAGCUCCUGAGGUGGCACUUCGGGCAUGCCGAGUUCAGAGGCAAGCAGUUGGAGGCCAUUGAAGCGGUCUUAUCGGGAAGGGAUUGUUUCUGUCUCAUGCCGACCGGAGGAGGGAAGUCGAUGUGUUACCAGAUACCUGCAAUGGCAAGACCGGGAAUCGUGCUUGUUGUUUGCCCUUUAAUAGCCCUGAUGGAGAACCAAGUGACGGCAUUGAAGGAGAAAGGGAUUGCUGCGGAAUAUCUCUCCUCAACUCAGACAUCACAUGCAAAAAAUAAGAUACAUGAAGACCUUGAUUCUGGGAAGCCCACCCUGAGGUUGUUGUAUGUAACUCCAGAGUUGAUCGCAACCGCUGGGUUUAUGUCAAAGUUGACAAAGAUUUACUCUAGAGGGUUGCUGAAUCUUGUUGCCAUAGAUGAGGCACAUUGCAUCUCCACUUGGGGCCAUGAUUUUAGGCCCAGUUACAGGAAGCUUUCAUCUCUGAGGAAUCACUUUCCAGGGAUACCAAUACUGGCUUUGACAGCUACUGCUGUUCCUAAAGUUCAAAAUGACGUGAUAGAGUCUUUAGGUUUACAAAGGCCUCUAGUAUUGAAGUCUUCUUUCAACCGUCCAAAUAUAUAUUAUGAAGUUCGUUACAAAGACAUUCUGAAUGAUGUGUAUGCUGAUUUGUGCAACUUGCUGAAGACUUCUGGAAAUGUUUGUGGGAUAAUUUACUGCCUUGAACGCUCAGCUUGCGAUGACCUCUCCGCUUACCUUUCAAAUAAUGGCAUUUCCUGUGCUGCAUAUCAUGCAGGAUUAAAUGAUAAAUUGCGGAGUUCUGUCUUAGAUGAUUGGAUUUCUUCUAAGACACAAGUUGUCGUGGCCACAGUUGCGUUUGGAUGCCGUGGUACAUGUGGAGUUACUGAGCUGGUGUUGUCUGUCCAGGAUGAUGUAAGGAUUGUCUGUCACUACAACAUCCCAAAGUCCAUGGAGUCUUUCUAUCAAGAGUCUGGAAGAGCUGGCAGGGAUCAAUUGCCCUCCCGAAGUGUCUUGUAUUAUGGGGUGGAUGAUAGGAGAAAAAUGGAAUUCAUUCUAAGGAAUGCUAAGAGCAAGAAGUCACAGACCUCAAAUUCGCAGGAUCAGUUAUCUAAAAAGUCUCUGGAUGAUUUUACCCAGAUGGUUGAGUAUUGUGAAGGUUCGGGAUGUCGCCGUAAAAAGAUUCUUGAAAGUUUUGGUGAACAGGUACCUGCAUCUUUAUGCAAUGAAUCCUGUGAUGCGUGCAAACAUCCGAGCCUUGUUGCUCGGAACUUGGAGGAGGUCACAAACACAUAUGCUACUCGCCAGAGAUAUGGCUUCUCUCAUAUUAUGAUAAGCAGAUCCGAGAAUAUGAAUUGUCAAGAUCUAUCUGAGUUCUGGAAUCGUGAAGAUGAAGCAAGUUGUUCUGAGGAGGAUGUUUCCGACUCUGACGAUGACAAUGAUGUUGUGAGGGGCCUAGGCAGGUCAAAAUUCCAGAAAAAAUCUGGACUUAAUGAGAGGAUCGACUUCCUGCAACGUGCCGAAGAAAAUUAUUACCGGAGCAAAGCCCCUGAUAAGCAGCACUUGCAGGCAAAUAAGUCCGACAAGAACGCCAUAGCUGAUGCCCUUAGAGAAUCUAGCAAGCAGAGACUUUGUGAUGCUUUGAAGCAAGCUCAGCAGCGGCUCGUCCCUCUUGGGGUUGAGCUCAAAAGUGCAGCUUCCAUCCUCGAGAAUCAGUGCUAUGAGAAAUACGGAAAGAGCGGGAAAUCUUUCUAUUAUUCACAAGUGGCCAGCACAGUGAGGUGGCUCUCAACUGCAGAUUCCACCGAGCUCACAAAUCGUGUAGGGAUCAGUAAUCCUUCUACUUCGGCAGACAAGUCUAAACAAGCAGAACAACCUUCUCCUUCGUCACCGGACAGGGAACAGGUAAAUGUUAAGGAUGAGGACAGAGACACGGCCAUUAAACCGCAGGCUUCUGAAGCUGGUCCAGUCAUUGAGAGCUCUUCAGCUCAGUUACCACCAAUUCCUUCGUUCUCGGACUUUAUGAAUCGCAGGAGAGGAAGGGAAAAGUCCAACGACAAAACACAAAGAAUAGCCAUGAAGAAUUUUGAGAAAAAAACGAGGCUGAAAUAGAGAUACUUGAAUCUUUCUUGUAGAAAUGGUGGGGGAGAUUAUCUGAUGGAUCAAAAUCAUAUAACUGGGGUCUGGACGGAUUUCAUAACGCUGCUGCGUGCUGUGUCCAGAUGCUAAAUGCUGUAAAAUUCAUGGAUCUCGAGUAAUCUGAGAGGAUACUGAAUGGAAGAUCGAAAACUAACUGCCCGUAA